AUGGUUGACGAGUCGAAGAAGGCCAGCGUCGUCUCCUCUUGCAACCGCACCCUCGAGCUCUCCGACAGGAACGCGUGCGACGUCGAGCUGCUCACCGUGGGUGGCUUCAGCCCUCUCACGGGCUUCAUGAACGAGGACGUGUACACUCACUGCGUCAAGGAGAUGCGCCUGCCCGGCAGCAACCUUCUCUUUGGCAUGCCCAUCGUCCUCGACACCGCCUGCGAGGACACCAAGGUUGGCGACAAGGUGCUGCUCAAGUACCAGGGCAAGGACGUCGGCGUCAUCACCGUCGAGUCCAAGUGGAAGCCCGACAAGCCCCUGGAGGCGAAGAUGUGCUACGGUACCUCCUCCAUCGAGCACCCCGGCGUGUCCAUGAUCUCCAUGGAGCGCCGCAAGUACUACAUCGGCGGCAAGGUCGAGGGUCUCUCCAAGCCCGAGCGCCCCUUCCCUUGCCCCGACCCCUCCGAGGUGCGCGCCAUGCUCCCCGCGGGUAAGGACGUCGUCGCGUUCCAGUGCCGUAACCCCAUCCACAGGGCGCACUACGAGCUCUUCACCCGCGCGCUCGACGCCGAGAACGUCGGCGAGGGCGCCGUCUGCCUCGUGCACCCCACCAUGGGUCCCACCCAGGACGACGACAUCUCCGGCCUCGUCCGUUACCACACCUACGAGGUGCUCGCCAAGGAGGUGAACAACCCCGCGAUCAGGUGGGCGUACCUCCCCUACUCCAUGCACAUGGCCGGUCCCCGCGAGGCUAUCCAGCACAUGAUCAUCCGCAAGAACUACGGCUGCACCCACUUCAUCAUCGGCCGCGACAUGGCGGGGUCCAAGUCCUCGAUCGACGGCGAGGACUUCUACGGCGCCUACGACGCCCAGGACCUCGCCAAGGCCAACGCCGCCGAGCUCGGCAUGAAGACCGUUCCCUCCCUCAACGUUGUGUACACCGACGAGGAGGGUUACGUCACCGCGGACGUCGCCGAGGCGAAGAAGCUCAGCGUCAAGAAGCUCUCCGGCACCAAGUUCCGCAAGAUGCUCCGCGGCGGCGAGGACAUCCCCGAGUGGUUCGCGUUCAAGUCCGUCGUCAAGGUUCUCCGCGAGCACCAGUAA